GCGACCAUACAUACCGAUCAGUUGCUCGAACCAUCGAGCCGGCAUUUACUCUCGCAAGCUCGCAGUGACAGUACCUCACCUGAUACUAACGUGACUGACAAAUAGAACCGAGCGACCUCAGCGAUCGACUUCAGCGCGGGACGUAUGUCAUCAACAGACUUGCCCGACUACACGCCGUUAAAUAAGGAUUUGGAGAGCGAUUUGAAUAUGGAAGAAGACUACGACUUUAACCAAGCAAGCGAUGCGGAAAUGACUGUCCUUGAUAGACCUACGGGUGAUGCGGACGACGACAUGAUGGCAGACUACGAGGACGAAGUCAUGCAAGAAGACCCCGUGAAUGCGGGCGAAGAUGUUGAGUUGGGUGAUGCAGAGGGCUCAGACAGCAUGGAGGACGAUGUGGAGGUGAUCAGUGAGGAUGUACCACAACCUGAGGACAUCUACCCCGAUGCUAUCGAUGACUUUGAGCAGCCGGAAGAAACAUACGAUCGUCUUGACGCGGAGAACCAUGAGGAUGUUGAGCAUGAUCAUCGAGGCGUUGUUGCGACAGUGGGCGACAUGGGCCUUGAUGACGCGCAUUUCUCCGGCGGACCGACCGAGACGGCUGGCUACGCCUCUACCGUCGAAGGCGAAAGCGAAUCUGUACCUGCCGUCGCUGCCGCAAACGAGCCUCACGCAGAAGCUCUGUCUGCUGAAGCAGUCGCCAACGAGCACCAGGACGCGCCAGAGCCCGAUCACAUGUUGGAGGCGAAUGUGGGUGAUGCCACGACUUCAGCCGAAGAACGCGCUGAUCCGGAGACUCAUGGCAUUCCGCCGGUCCUUGAACAUACAACGGAGCCUAAGGAGAUAGGUCAAGCCGAGGCUACCGAACAGGUAUUCGACGAUCAGGUCGAAGUUCAAGAUCCGUAUGAGUAUGAGAACCCAGAUGAAGAGGCGGCUGCGGAUUCUAGGAUAGCCAGUGUGGCGGACGAGGAUCACGAAAACGAACGUAAUCCUGCCGAAGAGCCGGAAAUUGAGACACAGACUCCAGAACAGAUCAGUACCGAGGAGAAAGAAACUUACAAGGACGAGACUGCCUCGGGCCUCGUUGAUGGGACUCCAGUAGGGACGCCCGAGAGUGCCGAUGCCCUAGAGACCAACGUCGAGGAAGAGCAAGAACAGCAGGAAGAUCACGAGGAUGCGAACAUUGGUGGCGCUUCUGCCACAGUUGGCUCUCCCGAGUCGGUUGUUGCGGAUCAGAACGAACAUGAAGAGGAGGCUCAGGAUCACGAUGAUGAUACCGAGGACGCCUCCUUAUUCCCCGUCGUCCUUACUGAUAUGAACCAAAAAUCAUACGCCCUUUUUGCACCCAUCAACAACGAGAAAUACCAAGGACUCGAGGUUCUUCUUCACGACGAUAGCCUUGCUUUUGAGCCGCUUGAACUUCUGAUCGCCGCAUUUCGAAUGGAAGUUUCUGAUCGUCUCCCCCAGGAUAUUGAGUUGACUCUCGAGUUUCCGUCACUCGCAUUGAGCAUUUCCGAAGACAACGUCUAUUCACGUGAAGUGACGCUACUCGACGUGGUGAACAUCUACACCGGCAUUAAGGCAAAUGAGCAAAUUGAGGACAUUCCGCCUUUGGAAGUACAGUUGGGAUACAAAAGCAGGUUUAUCGCUAGGUUCAAUGAGUUGGCAAACAUGGCUGCAUCUAGGAGCAGGGUUGACGAGGGAGAAGAAGAGUAUGAGGGUCUUGAGACCAUUCAUGAGCAUCCGGAAGAGGAAGAUGAGGUGGUGGAGGACCAGGAUGACAGCGAGGGACCAGCUAAUGAUGUGCAGAAUACGGAGGCAAGUGGGGUUGCAGAAGAAGUCCCAGCACAGCCUCUCGCGGAGGCUCCCGCUGCUGAGCUCGACGGAUUGGCCGAUGAAGCAAUUGAGUCUCGCGAAUCUGUUAACACGAAUGAUGGCACACAACAAGAAGUGGAGCUCCCCAACGACGAGGUGCAGGAUUAUGAGGAGGAAGAACUACUUGGCCGUGAUCACGAGGAGAAUCUCCAAAUGGCUGGCGAUGAAGUUGCCGAAGGUGAUUCAGGUCUCGGUGAGGCUGCUCUUGCCGCAUAUGACCAAGGUCUCGAAGGCAAUGAUCUCAUCAGCUACGAAGAGGGAUAUCCUGAGGAAGACGAUUAUGAAAACGUUCAGAAUGAUGAUCCAGAGCACGUCGACGAGUUUGGCUUUGAUUCACUUGACCCGGAGAAUGCGCCUGUUGGUGAAGCCGCGGAAAACUCAUUUGCAUCUGACACCAAGAGGUCUUUCGACGACGUCGAAGAUGAGGAUGGCCCUUCAUCCUUCAAAAAGGUCAAAUCAUCCUAAUCGGCCAUUUCGACAUUCAACAAUACUAGCAACACACGACAAC